AUGGCCGAUCAGAUUACUCUUAAUAACGAGCCAAGUCAGGACCUGACGGCGAUCAAUGAAAUUAUGCAAAAUGGUCCUGUAUCCCAUCCAGCCGGUCAAACCCCUGACCCUAAAAAUCAACCAAAAGGCUCCAACCCAGAUGUGCCUCCUCCAAAAACAGACAAGCCUCGUCCGCAUGUCUGUGUGACCUGUACGAGGUCCUUUGCGCGCCUAGAGCAUCUGAAGCGCCAUGAACGGUCCCAUACAAAGGAGAAGCCAUUUGAAUGUCCAGAUUGCACAAGAUGCUUUGCUCGAAGGGAUCUACUUUUGAGGCAUCAGCAAAAACUUCACAUGGCAACCACGCCAGCGUCACGUCCAAGAAAUGUCAGAAGGGAAAGUAUGAGUAGCUCAACACGAGUCCGGAAAAACUCGAUAGUUGGCGGAGCCAAUACUAUGAGGCCGAGGGCCAACACUAUCAGUCACGUUGAAGGAGCAGCUGUGGGUAUGCUUGCAUCUGCAAACUCUGCCUCCAGACCUACUCAGCCGGGGCAUACCCAUCACCCCAGCCUUGGAGGCAUUCCAAAUCUUCCAAACUUUGACUAUCGCUCAAAUAUUAGCUCGCUGAAUGGCCUAUCAAAACUUGAUACUGCAGCUCUCACUAGUGAAUAUCCCGAUGCUCUUCGGACUGCACCAGUUUUUGGAAGCUUUGGUCUCCCUUUUGGCAUGGGUGACGCAAUGAUCGGUCAGGGAAGUACAAUUAACCCUGCACAACUGCACUUUGCAGGCUCACCUCAUGGCUUUGCCGAUUCCCCUGCUUCCCCUUUCUCACAGACCUUUUCAAACAUGACCACUACACAGAGUACACUCGAAGAUGAUCUAAAAUUCGAAUGGUUAAAUGGCAUCGACAACUCCGUUGCGUUCGCACCUAACGACUCAGCGAUUGACGGCUCAUCCCCAUCCGCCAUGAGUACAGGAAGUCAAAGUGGACUUAGUGAAGCAAUUCUCGACGCCGCUAACCAAGCUGCCACUACAUCAACCGGUAACACAGCCUGGCCUGCCACGCUACACAACCAAGCUCAAAGCCAAUCACAACAAUAUGCUUUGGAUUUCGCUAGCCUUACUUUUCCCGAGUUUGCUGCACCUCCCGAUACUGUGUCCCCUAAGUCUCUUCUUUCACGUAGUCAUGCUUCUAAUCAGCCCUUCUCGACAUCCACUUCUCUGGCAUCAAUGAAUGGACCCGUGCUUUCGGGAGCUCCUACCAGUACGUUCCAUAUUUCAUCCGUGGGUGGAACAAAUGGCCUCCAAUCCUUUGGAUCUGGCUAUGAUCAAACUUCUCAACCAGCCUACUUGAGCUCUAUCACUGAUUCAACGCGACAGGCUUUGAUGGGGACUUUACAACAGCCUUCGGGUUUCAAUAGUCGCCGAUUCUCGCAGCACUCCCUUAACGCCUCGCCUAUGAGCCCUUCUAGCUCCGGAAAUAUGCUAGGAAACUCCCAGCAUACCUGCAAUAUACCCAGUACAUACGAUCUCCAGCGAUAUGUCUCUGCAUAUGUUACCUAUUUUCAUCCACAUUUACCGUUCCUCCACGUUCCAACUUUGGAUUUCACUGCUCUUGAAUAUUCGGGAAAGCCUAGGUCAUCAAGCACUGCAGGCAAUAUUGCUCUCGGCGGUGGUUGUCUAAUCCUUUCCAUGGCUGCCAUUGGUGCCCUCUACGAAUACGAUUCGGCCACAUCAAAGGAGCUCUUCGAGUCUGCCAAGAAGAUGAUUCAACUCUACCUUGAGGAGAGACGGAGAGCUGAUAUGUCCGCUGCUAUCAGUCGUUCCAACUACAGCCGUGAUAGCUCGCUCCAUAACACUCCACUUUGGCUUGUGCAAGCAAUGCUACUUAACGUUAUUUACGGUCAUAACUGCGAUGACAAGACAGCAGUUGACAUUGCAAGCACUCAUUGCGCGGCUCUUAUAAGUCUAGCACGAGCUGCUGAAUUAACAGAAUACCAUCCACCUGAAUCUCUACCUGCCGAUCAGCUAGGGUACAAUGCUUCUUCUAGCGAUUUGUCGGAGGCAAAUAUGGAGACAUGGAUGGUACAGCAUGCGGAAGUCUCAAACGAAAGGAAAGAAUGGCUUAAGUGGAAAAUUGUGGAGGAAAGAAAACGAACUCUUUAUGCUAUAUUCACUCUUUCUAGCUUGUUGGUUUCUACGUAUAACCACUCACCUGCUCUUACAAAUUCUGAAAUCCGUCUCACUUUGCCUUGUGAAGAACAACUUUGGGCAGCCCAAUCUCCCGACACAUGGAAAGCAAUGGGAGGUGCCGAAAACAACUCGAUUGAGUUCUCCACGGCCCUUAAGUCACUGCUUAAUGCAGGCCAGAUGCCAGCCCAAAACCAAUACGGGCCAACUCUUCAAGCAGAUGGAUCGAUGUCUAGUGAAUUACGGCCAAGUACCUUUGGAUGUUUGGUAUUAAUUCAUGCUUUGCAUAAUUAUGUCUGGGAAACGCGACAGCUACAUUUGGGCCAACAAUGGUCGAAUCAAGAGACGGAAGCAAUGCAUGUACACAUCGAACCCGCAAUCAGAGCUUGGCAACGAGCUUGGAGUAGUAACCCUACGCACAGUUUAGAACGACCCAAUCCAUUCGGUGCAGGCCCCUUGUCUGCAGACAGCAUACCGCUCUUGGAUCUAGCUUAUGUUCGACUAUACGUCAACCUUGGCCGGUCUAAAGAAGCCUUUUGGCAGCGAGAUUGGAGCAACAUGGCGGAUGAGCUUACCAAAGCGGUUCAAUCUGCGUCGCUUUCUAACAAGAACCCCGAUCCAGGGUUCUCACUCUCAACCAAUGGUGACGCAAUUUCCGCUCAAAUGCUAGAAUCACUUGCAGACUAUGGUGUUGCAGAUCUCACCAUAUCGAACUCGUCAAAUGACAAUCUCUCGUUACUUGCUACCGACGGGCAAAACGACAUGCAAGCAUCCAGAAGCGAGCGUCUUCUUCGCAAGGCUGCCUUCUAUGCCGCGGACUCCAUGUCGAUGUCAAAUGAAUGGGGAAAUACCUUCGCUGAGUUCACUUCCCGUGACUUGCCAAUCCAAAAUGCGAUAUGUCUAUUCGAUUCUGCACAGGUAUUGGCUGAAUGGGCUACCGCCGUGCAAGAGCGUACUGGCCCAUUCCUUGGAAUUCUGGGCCAAGACCAUGUUGAUUUCAACGAAGUUCCGGCUACAGUUUUGUUGGAGGAAGAGGACCGCAAUCUGAUGCGGAAGAUCCAGGAUAUUUUGAACAACGUCGAGAAUAAAAUGAAGAAUAUGAUGUCUCAUCUUGGAGCCACGGGAUCCGAGUCAUGGAACUGCCUGCCUAGUUUGGUUGAUGGUGGUUAUGGAUCGAAGAUUGUUCUCUCAGCUGCCUUUUUGCUGAAAAACGCGGGUGUCUGGCCAGUUAUUAAGCUGAUGUCAAAUGCACUCGAAGCUCAAGGGCAGAAGAUGAAAUUGAGAGCCCAGAAUUCUUGUUCUGGAUAA